AUGCUUUACAAUUUUGCACCUCCACGAUCAGGUCCUCUGGUUAAACGACGAAAAGUGCGUCGAGCAUGCGACUUCUGUCGCCAGCAUCGCGUUCGAUGCGAUGGCGCACUGCCGUGUUCACAGUGUGUGACAAACAGGGUCAAGUGCGUUAAGCCCAAGGCCUUGCAUCUCCCAUCGCCGCCUCGCUCUGCUAGCGCUGAGCAUAUCCGCUCGUCUCUUCCCCCAUCUCUAACCUCAUGUACACCACCUUCCCAGUCAGUGAGCGCAUCCGCCCCGAUCUGUUCACCACAGGACCCGACUCAUGUAGUUGCUCGCGACCCGGACUGUCUUACUGGAUUUAUCUCACGGAUUAAUACCUUUUGCUCUGUUGUAUCACAAAUGUCAGCACAAUCAUCUCCAGUAUCUGACGAAUCGCUCUCUUCAGAGACUUCGUAUUCCACUCCAGACUUGCUUCAAAAUGCAGAGCAGAGUUUCCCGCAGUCGAACAUCUCCAACUCGGAAGACCUUCAACAAAGGCUGCUGAAGAUAUUUUGGGCUCGCUAUCAGUGCUUAGCACCGAUUGUGAGUCAAACAGAUGUAUUGGAUUCCGAGCUAGGUCGAAAGCGGGAGUCUUUGCGAGACGCGCUGAUGGCAUAUUGCUUGCAAUCAGUCUAUCAUGCUGGACUACAUCAUCGUCUCCUGGGUGUCAAUAUAACACUAGUUGAGGCCCAAGAACGCUCUUCUGAAAAGCAGCAGAGCCCUCUCGUGGCUAUGUUUGCUGCCUUCUUUCAGAAAGCCUUGGCGACAAACAGCCAGUUCCUUCUAUAUGCGGAGCCAUCUGUGUCGGAUAUUCAACGUCAUAUUCUAAUGGCCCUAUUUCUGCUGAAUUCCGGAGAAGUCCUAGCGGCGUACAACAUUACGGGGGUGGCUGUUCGCCUUGCGCAGUCACUUGACUUGCAGAAUCCUCCAGCAUCUCAAGUCAGUUCAAAAGAGGCUGAACUCCGUGGUCGCGUGUGGUGGAUGUUGGUUCACCUCGAUUUUCGCUGCUCGCGAUAUCUGGGUAAACCUGUUAUUGUCUCUCUUAGAGACACGACACUUUACAUCCCAAGUUAUAAUCCCUCCAAUGACUUAGCCCUCUCGGAGCUAGCCUUCCACUCAGCAGCUAUCAUGCUCACGGUUGUUGGCAAAAAGAUUGCAGAAUCAUUAGCGGCUCGGCAUGAUACGAUGAGUCCGAACGAUUCCAUUGGACAAAUUGAAGUGUCUGCGGAGCAUCUCACUCAGGAAAUCAGUCGCUUGUAUGAAUGGAGGAAUCUUAUCGUGAAGACAGAGCCAUUCAGAGACUUGGUGCUUAUUGGUAGCGUCAAUCGACCUCAAACGCACCCUGUUGAGGAAGGAUUGAAGCAUGACGACGAUACAUGGAUGUUUCAUCAAUCACCCACUCGCGUGUUGCAACAAACACUUCUCGAGCUUCAAUUUCAUGAUCUUGUUAUUUGGUUUCACCGCCCAUUCAUACAGUUUCCUAGUCUUGGCCUAGUACCUCAACGCAGCCCGGGAGCCGACAUCCAUGCGACAACAGCUAUUCAACACGCUCUGACUGCCAUAGAGACUGUCCACCGGCGCAUGCUCAAUCAUGAUUCUCUUUAUGGAUGCUCCGAUGUCUACCAGCACGUUUGGAACGCUGUUCUCACUCUUGUGGGCUUUAUGUUGGCCUAUCCUUUGUGCCAUUGGUUCUCCAUCGCGCGGCAACAUGUGGAGCUGUCUCUCCAGGUUUUUGACACAGCAAAGACUUCAAAUCCUAUUGCGUCCCGGGCUGCGCAUCUGACUCGUUACCUUCUUGGACGAGUCGAUGCACUUACUGAAUUACUCAAUGCACAAGCUUCUACAUCCCAUACACAUUGCCAUUCGCCUAAUGGCGAGCGAGCUGCGGAAAAUUGGGAUCGAGUAGAUUUGGAAGAACAAUCAUCGGGCUUUUCCACACUUACUCCCGGGGCUGGUGACUUAUGGUCCUGGGCUAAUACAGUAGACCCUGAGACUUGGUCUGGUUACUGCCACGAAAUUAAUGAUAUGCUAGUAGACCUCCCAGAGAUCCCCUCUGGCAUCGAUCAUUUCCCACAGUAA